CCAUGAGGACGGCGUUUUCUUGACGGCUUCCAUUCAAAUCUCCAACCAUCUGCAGCCGAAAUCUCUGUAAUCUUCAACCAGAGCUGAGAGGAUGUCCACUGCCGCAGACAUGCCAGGCCUGCUCCUCAUCACACUGACUGCUCUUCUGGCCAGCUGUGCCGCUUUCAGGGUCAGUCCCGCUGAACGUGUCAUACCCUUCAGCCCUCCUGUGGCCCGGCUGGUCCAGGAUGAAGGCCCCGCCCGCCCACGUUUCAUCCAGGAUUUAGCCACACCAGAACGCGGUCUCGGCUCGGUCCGGGAAUUAGUCCGAGCCCAGCCUCAUUUGGUCCAUGACAUCAGCCGGCCCCAGAUUCAUGAAACGUCCCGUUCCCAGUCCAAGAUGGACUCAGCCAACUCCUCUCAGUCAAAUCCAGCACCGUCCUCUGCCAGCCAGGAUGUAGCCAGCCCCCGCGCCAUCAUGGACGACAACCUGGAUGUGGAGGAUGACAUGGAGCGUAUGGUCCAUCUGACAUCGCCCCUGGAUGUGGAGCGCUACCAGGGGCAGCCAGCCUCUUCAGACCCAGACACGGGGCUCCAUGGUGGGCCCGGAGCGGCCGAUGCCUCCCUGGAGGCCUCUGGCUUCUAUGGCAUGGACACAGAGGACAGAGGAGAGGAGGCAGGAGAGGACAGAGACAGAAGAGGGGGAGAGGAGAGAGGAGAGGAGGAGUGGGAGAAAGACGGACGAGAGGAGAAGGAGAGAGGAGGUGCGACACGAGAGGAAAGAGAGCGGAGAGAAGGGACAGAUGUCCAGGUCCGGGGGGAUGCAGAGGCCAACCACACAACACCAGAUCUCGAUGCUCUGAUUGGUUACAGUCCAUCCUUCCACACUUCCAGCUCCAGUCCAGCAGAGGGGCGUGAUCCUGGAACAGAUAGGACCAGGACGCCCCUCGUCCCAGAGGUGGCUCCUUUAGAGAGAGAGCUGUGGGAGGCAGAGGGGGAAGAGGAGGGUCAGGCCAGUGGUUAUGGAGUUUUCCACUCCUCCAUCACAACGACCACCACCACCACCACGACCGCCACCACUGCUGCCGCCGCCGCCACUGCCGCUGCUGCUGUUACUGCUGCUAAUGGAGACGUAGCAGGAACCGCCGUCCCUGAGACUGACACAGGCACAGACUUUGGCCUGCUGGGAGACUAUGCAAAAGGGGAGCUAGAGGAUGAGGAGACAGAGAGGGAAGAAGAGGAAGAGGCAGGGAUGACACAUCUGUGUCUAUAUACCCAGAAUCCCACAGCACCAGAAGUGGGCAUGGCUCCUAGCAGGGAGCCGCUGCAGCCCAGCAUGGAGGAAGAAGGAGACAAGGAGCAAGGGAUUAGACUGAAAAACAAAGAUGAAGAGGAGGAAGAGGAAUGGAGAAAGAUGGAGAGAGAGGAAAUAAGACACAUGGUGCCUGUCAGCACAGAUCCCGCCCCCACCGUCGGCUUCACCGACAUGUCCUGGGACUGGCUGGAGAAGACCACGCCCCUGCAGGCCCAGAGGUCAGAGGUCAGGGGAGGUGGGGUGACAGAGGUCUUCCUGCCAGGGGGCGACCUUGAGGAGGCGCAGCAGGUAGUGUGUAUAGACUGGAGCGAGCUGGUCGGACGGGGUUACGUUAUCCUGAACAUGACUGAAAACCUCAGCUGUGAGGAGUUCCGUGCAAACCAGGGGGUGCAGCUGUUGGAGAUCAUGGAGCGGGUGUUUGCUAGAAGAAUGAACAGCCCUGAGGGAUCAUGGGUACUCUACCUUAGCAAGCCGACACACCAUCAACAUCAGCUGCUUAUGAAUGUGGCGUCUGAACACGGAGUGAUCGAUACCAAGGAUGUGCUGGGCAUGCUGGGAGAGAUCAGGAAAAGUUUAUACAAGGUGGGCAUUCAGAACUACAGUGCAGCCAGUAGCUGCCAGUCUCGGCCCAGUCAGACCCGCAGCGACUACGGCAAGCUGUUUGUCGUGCUGGUGAUCAUCGGCUCUGUCUGUAUGGUCAUCAUCACAUCUGGACUCAUAUACAUCUGCUGGCAGAGACGACUGCCUGCAACUAAGACCAUGUCCCGCGCUGAGGAGCUUCACUUUGUGGAAAACGGUUGCCACGACAACCCCACACUGGACGUGACUAAUGACAGCCAACCUGAGAUGCAGGAGAAGAAGCCGAGCACCAAUGGGCUCGCAGGGGGCGGGGAAAGGGCCGGGGAGGACAACAGUCGCUGGCAGGUAUUUGUCAACCAGGCAGGAAGUGAGGAGGAAGAGGAGGAGCAAGACACACAUCUCUGAUGGACAGAGGAGAAGAAGGAGCGAACUGAAGAGAAGAAUGGACAUCUUUGAUAGGCAGGUGAUAGGUGGAGCGUAGAGAGAAGAGGAGGAGGACAAAGACACUACUGAGGAGCAGAGGAGUGACGGGGGGGAGAAACAACUGAUGACAGAGGAGAGGAAAGAACAGGAUGGAAGAAAAGAUGUGGAGAGAUGAGAACCAAGAAAGGAGAGGAAGAGAAAAAGGGGGAGAGAGAAAAGACAGAAAUAGUUCUUGGGUGUGAAAAGCCUUGAAAGGUAAAAGCCUGAAUGAAAGAUGUGUCGUCCAAUCAGAUGAAAGCUAGAGUUAUACCUAGGAGGAGCAUGGCAGGGGCAUGAUGGGAAAUCAGACAUUUGGGUGUACACUUAGCUGCUUUUAUUGUGAGUCAGAACAAACACGCCUCUGAUUUUGGUUUCAUCUUUACACAUC